AUGGAGAUCAACACAGAUAGGUGUCAGGUGGUUCAUUUCGUUAGGUCAAAUGUCAAGGCAGAAUAUAGCAUCAAUGAACGUGUUUCCAAUGUCACUGUUACAUCUAACGCCACCAGACUGAUUGAGUACAGCGACACCGUCAGACUAACCUGCUCCGCAAGAGGCACGAAUGUCUCUUACCUGUGGCAUGCGGAGAAUCGCAAGAUAAUUCCUGGAGACAGGAUUGUUCUGAAUGGAGAUCACAGCACACUCACUGUUUCUGGAGUGCUACGGACAGACGGAAGUUUCACCUGUAGAGCAAGCAACAUGAUUAACGAAAUCACAAGCUCUCCGUUUUCUCUUCAUGUCAGCUACGGACCGGAUCGUCCAUCCGUCAUCACUCAACCGCACUCGUCUUUUCACAUUGCCGGAGGCUCCCUAAGGUUAACAUGUUUCUCACAGUCCCGCCCAGAUGCUCAAUUGAAUUGGCAACUGAACGGUGCCCACCUACACAGUGGGCAGGAGGUCGUCCUCGACAGCAUCUCUGUGAACAACGCGGGAACGUAUACUUGUGAGGCCUAUAACACGAUUACAAAAAGGAAUAAUGCCUCAACCACGGAAAUCAUUGUGUUCGAGACAGUGACUGGGGUUACUGUCGUGGCCAGUGAUCCCAACCCCCUUGAAGACCCCGAUACCAUCACACUCAGCUGUCACGCGUCGGGCACUGUUCAGACACGGACAUGGGUCAAGGAUAACCAACCCAUCCAGGAAAACGGCAGAAUAUUUACAUCUCCCGACAAGGCGAAACUGACUAUAAUCAGAGCUAACAGAAACGACGCAGGGACGUACAAGUGCAUCGCCAGCAACUCAUUCAGCAGUGGCGCUGGAGUGACCAACGUGCAAAUUUACUGCACCUUCGAUACAAAGACCGUAAACUCAUCAGAAUAUUAUGAAAAUGUCCAAAUGGAUGAACAGGGUGCAAGGAACAAUGCGCAGGAUGGAGACUCCACUUACACGGGUCUUAUCCUGGAGUAUCGAUCUGUUUACCGUGAUCUGAACAGCUGACGUCACUGUGAACGGAAGCCGAUGAUUGGAUCGUGAAUUGGC